GCAUUCACCUAACGGCAAAAAUCCAGGCGUGGGAAUAAAACGGGGGAAGGGGAAACCGGUCUGAGGAGAGAGAGAGAGAGGGAUAUAGAAGAAGAAGAAAUAAUGGCAAGAAGGACCCGCCAUGGCCAAGAGUUUCAAGUUUAAAGCAUAAGCAUAUGUAACUCCAUGGUCCACUCUUCACCCUCUUUCAAUCUUCUUCCUCUUCUUUGAACUCGCAAUUUACCCAAAUUAAUUAUCUGGCCGGCUUCUCUUUCUCUCUCUAUUGCUCUUGCUUUUCAAAAAGCGAACCAGCUACUUUUUGCAAUUUCUCUCUUCUUCUUCUCUCUCUCUAGCUUGAUUGAUUUUACGUUUUUCUGGCUUUGUUUUGGUGAUCGAGUCGAAGAGCUUCUUCCGUAUCUGAUCCGAGAAUCAGAGGCCCGAAGAUCGCUACACCUACUUGUUUGAUUUCUCGACGGAGUGUUUUUAGUCUUCUGUCAAUUUUGGUUAUCGAUUCGUGAUUUGUCUUUGUGUUCUUUGGAAUGGCUGCUUUCUGUGAUGGCUAUUUGGUGCAUAUAAAAUUUGUGAAAAUAGAGUAAAACAUUCGAGAAUUUGUAUGAGAUUUCAUCACAUCCAUGAAAAUUAAAAAGAGUGAGAGAUUUUUUUAGAAGUUUCUGAAAGAAUGGAUGAUCCGACAAAGCUAAGAGUGACCGGCCUAGAAAAUGACAAGGAUUAGCCGUACUUAUAGUGACUCAAUGCAAAGAGGGGGUGUCUCAGCUGUAUCAGCUGAUGUUAUAUUUGCUUCUAAUCGGUUUCCAAACUACAAAAUCGGAGCGAACAAUCAGAUUGUGGAGGCUAAAGAUGAUCCCAAAGUACUAUCUAUGAAGGAGGUAGUUGCUCGUGAGACUGCCCAACUGUUGGAACAGCAGAAUCGCCUCUCGGUUCGAGACUUGGCCAGUAAGUUUGAGAAGGGUUUGGCUGCUGCUGCUAAAUUGUCAGAAGAGGCUAGACUAAGAGAGGCAGCUUCACUGGAAAAACAUGUUCUAUUGAAGAAGCUUAGGGAUGCAUUGGAAGCAUUAAGAGGACGUGUUGCUGGAAGGAACAAGGACGAUGUAGAGGAAGCAAUUGCAAUGGUGGAGGCAUUAGCAGUUCAACUUACUCAGCGGGAAGGGGAACUAAUACAAGAAAAGGCUGAAGUGAAGAAGCUAGCUAAUUUUCUUAAGCAGGCAUCAGAAGAUGCUAAGAAACUUGUGGAUGAAGAAAGGGCUUUUGCUCGUGCAGAAAUCGAAAAUGCAAGAGAAGCUGUUCAGAGAGUGGAAGAGGCCCUACAAGAACAUGAACGAAUGUCUCGGGCGGCUGGGAAGCAGGACCUGGAAGAACUAAUGAAGGAGGUUCAAGAGGCUAGAAGGAUCAAAAUGCUCCACCAACCCAGCAAGGUUAUGGACAUGGAACAUGAGCUUCACGCAUUGAGACUGCAACUUGCUGAAAAGUCCAAGUAUUCUAUACUACUUCAGAAAGAACUUGCAAUAAGCAAGAAGGCAAUGGGAGACAGCUCCAACAUUUAUGAGAUAGAUGGCACCGAGUGUUUGGGUUCUUGUCUCCAUAUCCAACCUUCUUGUGAUACAGCUCCCGACCUUUCAAAAUGCUUUAUUCAGUGGUACCGCAUAGGAUCUGAAGGUGGCAAGAAAGAACUUAUUUCAGGAGCUACAAAAUCAGUUUAUGCACCGGAGCCUUUUGACGUCGGGAAAAUCUUGCAAGCUGACGUUCAUUUAGAUGAUCAUAUAAUCACUUUGACAACCACUGGCCCCAUUGAUCCAGCUGCUGGUCUGGGAAGCUAUGUUGAAGCCCUCGUGCGGAAGCAUGAUGUUGAGUUUAAUGUAGUUCUUACUCAGGUGAACGGAAUAAAUCAUUCCUCAGAGUCGAUACAUGCACUCCAUGUCGGAAAGAUGCGGAUAAAGCUCUGCAAAGGAAAGAACACCAUCGCUAAAGAAUAUUAUUCUUCAUCAAUGCAGUUGUGCGGAGUUCGCGGUGGUGGCAAUGCUGCAGCUCAAGCAUUGUUUUGGCAAGUGAAGAAAGAUCUUUCUUACAUUUUAGCAUUUGAAUCAGAGAGAGACAGGAAUGCAGCCAUAAUGCUAGCCAGGAGGUUUGCUUUUGAUUGCAAUAUCAUUCUUGCUGGACCGGACGACCGUGCUUCAUCAGCAAACUGAUGAACUUCUGUAGAUCUCCCCUAAAUGUAAAUUAUUCUUAGCUCCCAUUACUCAACAUUUGAUAGUAGAAUAUGGCAUUGAGAUCUGUUAUUAUUGGCUUCCACUUUUUGUUUUUGGUGCUUCUGUUUUCUUCCUUCCUAACAUUAAGGCAUCUUCUUUUUCCUGUUUGCCUUUCUGUUUCAGAGUGCUAACAAAGUAUAUGACUGAAUUUGUGGUUGUGGUUCAUUCAUUCAACCAUUACAUGUAACCUGGAUUUCUCUGAGUAUUGCUUUUCAUGAUUGAUAUAUGCAUGCUUCAAGUCUUUCAAAGUGGAUACAAUACUCAAAGCCCACAUGGGCCCUCCCCUGAUAUCAAGUUCCUUUAUAGUUCAGCUCCCUACUUAUGUUCAUUUUUAGUUUGAUCCAAGCUGCAAAUACUGAGAAUGAUAUACUUGUUCUUGGAAGUGAAAACUCAAAUUGGUGUACAGAUUUAUGGAAGAGAUUUGCUUUUGUAGUUGUUUGGA